AUGUCGACUUCUUUUCGUCGCUACACAGUAGCAAAGGAGGAUCGCGAGCGAGUCCUGGGCGAGGCAAAGAGAGAGCUGCCGCAUCCGCUCAAGCAGCUCCUCCGCUUGAAGCGUCAUUAUCAGCAGCCGGACGAGGAGUCCGGGCUGGUUAUCCCUCGCAGCGAAGACUCAGCACCGUCCGAUCAGGGACAAACUCACAACGCCAACCAAGAGUCCUCCGGUAUCCACUGCGAGGCUGAUCAGACAAGUAAUAAGAAAGAGGCGAGUCAGGAUGACCAAGGCUAUCGUAUUGGCAACAGCAGCAGGAAACCCCAGCCACCAAGCAAGUCCAUAACAGUGCCAACGCCACACCCAUCGAAACCAGAGCCGUCGAGCCUAUCAACAUCGCCAGGGAAGCCUUCUUUACAGGCGACACCCUCAACAACCUUUACCUCGGAACAACCAACAGCCUCAGCAAUGAGAACUCCAGAGGCAUCGAAUUCAUCAGAGACGAGACCCUCAGCGGCUAGCACGCCAACAGACGGGCCCACCUCGGUGACAAAGCUGUCGACGGAGGAGGUGGAUUCAUCCACUAUUGAAAGACAGGUGCUGCUGGUGAAAGGGCUCCUCGACGCGCAGGCUGCAGUUCGACAGAUUUCAGUGGGAAUUUUGACCAUCACCAACAGGCUCGCGAAGCUGUUCUCUCCCCGCCUCACCUCGGACGGCGAGGUGAGUGACUACAAACUUUUGUUUACCGUCAUAUUCCCGCUUGAAGAGUAUCUCUUCGACGUAACCCCAAGCAUGCUGCCGAGUGAUUACACCGCGGCGGGCUCCGGCAAGCUCAAGCUCAAAGGCGUCAAGGACUCCAAGGUCGACAAGAAGAAAAAGAAGAAAUCAUCGUCCAAGGCCUCGGGAAAUGAGACCCCUGCACGGGAUCGAACGCGGGGUGAACAAGAGCUUGACGACGAGUUCAAGGAUCGGUCAGUCAUGCUGAGAAAUCUGGAGGACGAGGAUCAAAAGAUGGCGGCCGAGGAGGCCAAGAGUCUCCAGAAGCGACGGGCCGAUUCUACUGGAGGUGGCCAUGGGGAUGCCGAGCCUAUCGAGGAAGAGGGCGGCGGCAUUGUCAAGACAGAAGCCGAGAGACGGUAUGAAGAGCAGAGACGGAGAAGGCUUGAGGAGCGUCUAAAACGAGAAGGUGUCAAGACGCACAAGGAGCGUGUUGAAGAGUUGAACCGCUAUCUCAGUAGUCUGAGCGAGCAUCAUGACAUGCCGAGAAUAGGACCGGGCUAA